GGAGAGGAGCAGGGAGCAAGAGGGGACAAACUCCGUUUCUCUGAGCACUGUGCACUUUGGACAAGUUGACAUUGACACAGUUAGGCCUACAAAUAUUUAUUUAAACUAGAGUUAUGUGUUAUGAAGUGGAUGAUCAACCGUAUUCAUGGAUUUUUUUAAAGUGCGUAAUGGUACGACUUCAUCAAGAAGGAUGUUUUUAUGGGUAACUUUAUAAAGAAAGACCAGGCCUAAUCUUUAUUUUAAAACGCAUUGAAUUUAUCUAAUUUAAAAAGGCAUGUUUUCUGCGUGUUACCCUCCAGCUCAGUAUAGCGACUCAUGGGAUGUAGCAAAUGGAGAGCUGUGUUCAACUUUGGACACCUGAAGGCGCAGUCCAAACUUUCCGUCUUCCUUACCAUGAUCAUCAUUUUCACUUACUUAUUUUACUGUCUCUCUGGGUACUGUGAAUCCUUACCUAGACCUGUAUAUGACCAACAGAAAACUUUUAUCAACAAAAUCUUAGGCCUAAAUGAUGGACUGAAGCAGCAAAAGCUCGACCCGCACAAGCACAGUUCUCCCGGCUCGGUUGUUCGCGAACUCCCCGGCUUUGACAGUGUUGACUCACUCUUGCAGGGCAAUGAUAACGAACUGCGACCGGAUAACAACAUCUCUAUAGCCAAUAACUUCGGUAGUAAAACUUUUCCUCAGGCAAUCAUCAUCGGAGUAAAGAAAGGAGGCACGCGCGCGCUUCUGGAGUUUCUGCGCAUUCACCCGGAUGUCAGAGCUGUGGGCGCCGAACCCCACUUCUUCGACAGGUUCUAUGAUAACGGAUUGGAAUGGUACAGAAACUUGAUGCCUCGGACGUUGGAAAGCCAGAUCACCAUGGAGAAGACACCAAGCUACUUCGUCACCAAGGAAGCUCCUCGGCGUCUCUUCGCCCUGAGUCGUCAUACCAAGCUGAUCGUGGUGGUCCGAGACCCCGUGACCCGGGCCGUGUCCGACUACACUCAGACGCUGUCCAAACAACCCGGUCUUCCGUCUUUCCAGAGCCUGACCUUCCGGAACUCCACCACGGGCCUCAUCGACACCUCCUGGAGCGCCGUGCGCAUCGGGAUCUACGCCAAGCACCUGGAGAACUGGCUGCGCUACUUCCCCCUCUCAAAGUUCCUCUUCGUCAGCGGGGAGCGGCUGGUAACGGACCCGGCUGGGGAAAUGGGCAGGGUGCAGGACUUCCUGGGGCUGAAAAGGGUGGUCACGGACAAACACUUCUACUUCAACCAGACCAAGGGUUUCCCCUGCCUGAAGAAGCCCGAGGGGAGCAGCAGGCCUCGCUGUCUGGGGAAGUCUAAGGGAAGGCCUCAUCCACAGAUCUCUCCAGAGGUGCUGCUCAGGCUCAGGGAGUUCUAUAGGCCAUUCAAUAUGAAGUUUUACCAAAUGACAGGCCAUGACUUUGGCUGGGACUGAUGGAAAUGGGACGGGAUAGAGCAUAGACAUGUGUCUCACAGAGGAUCUACAGGCCUUGUAAUGGACACUUAACCUGAGGUUUUGCCAAAUGACAGGUCCUCGUGACUUCGGCUGGGACUGAUGGAAACAGACAGACUAGUAUAUUUUGGUUUUUAAAGAGAGGGUUUAAAUCUCCUUGUAUAAGCAUAUGUGAUUUUCCUAGUAUGAUUGUUGUGUCACUACAAUGUAUUAAAAAAUAAAUAUUCUGACAAAACUGCUCCACGAGCCUGCCAAAUAUUCAUCCCAAAUAUGCUAAUACUAUUUCAAUAAACUAGACUACAAUAAGCCAAGUGCAUUUCUAAAAUAAUUGUAUUAAUGACAGAUCAUUUUUACUGUUAUCCCAUUCUCAUGUUUUAAAAUGCAAUUGCAAAGAUGUUUAGGUGACAUUUUUUUAACAAUGCAGAAGAAUACUGCUGGUAUAAAUGCUGGACUAUGUUCUAUUCUUUUCUUAACAAAAUAUAUUACUGAUUUACUCUGUGUGCUGUAAAAUUGCUAUUAUUUAUGUUGCAAGUGUUAUGCUAUUGAGAAUUGUGGUAUAUGCUAUAUCUGUAUCCCUUAUCUUUCUUCAUUGUUUGUUUCAUACCGGACGCUAUCAUACACAGGACGCUAUCAUACCGAACUCAUAAACUGUACCCCUCCUUGACUGUACAUUUCUGGAAGCAUAAUUUAUUAAAAUGACAAUGUUUGAGA